AUGAGACUUGACAUGAUUCUGAUUGAGAUUCCAGAGAGAAGCCGACACGGCAAGACAAAGAUCGUAGUCCCGAGCCGUGCAAAAAUCCUGCUUGACGCCAAACCUGAAGGCCAGCAGGAAGGGUCCUGCAUUUUCCGAAGUUCCUCCUGCGGGAACAGACGAGACGAUGGCGCCCCCGCGCCGGAGAAACGCCGCCAUGCCUCUGCCCUCGGCCCAGCGGUGGCGCGGGCACUGAUGGAUGAAGGUGAUGGAGAUGGCCUUGUGCUUCAUGCCCGGAGUUCUCCCGGCAAUGGCUUCCUGCCGAUGCAGAUAAAUGGUGCCCCGGUGGAGUUCGAGUGCGACAACUUCGUCGGAAGGUGCGUGCUGCUGCACAGGCCGGUCUGGAGCUAUGACGAUAAAGAGCCUGCUGAUUUGGCCAAGGCCCAGUAUCCCUACAAGGAGCACUUCCAUGGUCGAAAGCGGCUGUGGGAAUGGCGAAUACAGGGACGCUUUAAGAGAAGGCCUGGCGUUCUCUACACGGGCGUCGAGCUAGAAUCGUAUGUUCCAGUGAAUUUCGCGACGCGCACCCUGAUGCGUGGGAUCAUUCCCCUCGUCCAGGGUGCCCUGCAGUGCAAGCAGAUCCGUCACGAGCUCGGCCGCGAGGAUGAUCCCACCUUGAGGCCCACCGUCGUCGCGCCCAUUUGGGCUGCGGACAACACCUUGGUCCACGAGGACCCAAACGCCGCCCCAGACAUCUCAGACACCAGCCUCCCCGCUGGCUUCAGUCGGAAGGCAGCCCGUCACUUCUGGGACGAGGUCUGGAGCGGGGGUGGGCCCUACUUUGACGGCCCGUCCGGUGGACCGACCUUCACCUUCGCUAUUUGGGGGCCCGCCCAGCUCCUGGAUCUUCGGUCCUGGGUCUUCCGGAAGCUGCCGCUGAUGUGGGGGAAAAGCCUUUCGCUCGAGCCAUUCUGUGGCAAGCAACCUGUCCAUGCCGUUAUCUACGAGAUGGCUGGCGGAAUUGGGCUGGAUGCGGAGCAUCGGCAGUUUGAAAAGGUCUACGUCAUGGACAUCCGGCUGAUGCCAGGAGCGCUCUGGUCAAGCUACGCCAUGGGAGAGGCCAGCCCUCUGGCAGCGGAGCCCGUGGAUCCGGAGAAUCCUCUGAUAAAGCGGUCGCCAUCAUCCGACUCCUUCUGCUCGGCGCUGUCGGCUCCUCUGCCGUGUGACAAUGUGCGGGGCUGCAGUGUGAGACGCAAGGCAUGGGGAUACGAAAUGCCACUGAGUCAGAAAUCCGGCACAGCCACGAUUCCAUCCCAAGUCCUGGGACAGCUUCUGCGAGCCCCAAGGAAUGCCAUUUUCCAGGCGUUAGCUGUUGAAGCUAGCGUCCGUAAGGCGAGAAAAUCCAAGACGUCUACCGCCCGCCUGCAGACUGCAUUGCAUCGGAACGCAAGCAGGUAUUGCCAUUCGUGCUGUUUGAUUGCUGUUGUGUGUACGGCUCUUGCUGUCAAUUCUUUGUUGAUCUUGGAAUGCUGA